AUGGGACGACGAGGUCGAGUAGGCAAUGAUAACGCAAUGCGAGGAAUGGACACCAAAGUCGUUCGACAUUACGAGAGUCAAUACCGUGGUACCCGUUUCAUUACAAUCUUGGUCAAUCUCAUUCAAUUGGUCACCGUAGCAGUCAGUGUAUAUUACGCCACAAUGAGCUCCAACAGCUACUACAGUUUGGUGCAACUAUUAGAGAUGGUGUGCCCUCUACUAUGUUUUGUAGCCAUGUUCAGAUUCGAUAUGGAAGACAAGGAGAAGGCUGCCUUCUUAUGGGUCGAGUGUAGCAGGAUCUUCUUUAUGUUCUGCUUCUUUUGUGUUAUAUCUUCUGGAGUCAACAUUUACUUGAUACUCAUACGAUUCGGAUUUGUCGCAAUAAGUGUAUCUGAUCCAACCGCAAACCAAAUCUUGUAUGGAAAUCCAAAUGGCACUGUCUAUGGAUUCAGUUUCGCCACGAUACUAAAAGUAACGCCAUGUGUUAUGGUCGGUGCCAAUCUUAUCGGUCUUGCCCUGGGAAUAUUCUGGCACCGAAAGUCUAUUCAUCGUGCCAUACCAUGUAAGUUUUCGUAA